CAGGCCAUGAUCGGCCCGCCUACCCAGAGGGCACGCACCCACCAGCGUCGAAAUCGUAAUCCUCGUAAUCGAGCGGUUACGGUAACGCCGGUAGAACCUCACGGAAACCUCAAGGAUUAUUCCGGGUCACUGUCCUUCCCGACGUCAAGAGGUCACAAUUCUUCGGCACCACUUCCGGCGAAUUUCGCGUCUGGUUUCUGUGGUGUCCAGAGAGUCAGGGCUGACACCACCCUCGUUGACCAGGACAGACUCUGGCAGCUCCCGGUCAAGGAUUACCAACACGAUAAAUAUGCCCAGUUUGUUAAUUUUAAAUUCACCGACAGUAGAUUUAUAAAGUGUAAUAAUAAUAAUAAUAAUAAUAAUAAUAAUAAUAAUAAUAAUAAUAAUAAUAAUAAUAAUUAUAAUUGUAAUAAAAGUAAGGAUAAAAAUAAUAAUAUUGGUAAUAACACAAGAACUACAGUACUGCAACAAGCAAGACAACAACGCGGAAGGGCGCGGAAUCACGGCAUCGUCUUCCUUCUUUUUGCCAUCGCCGUUACCUUCCUCGCACUUUUCUUCCCACCAGUUAUGGGAGCGACGAUCGACAGUAUAGAAGAGGAAACGACGAGUCCAGCAUCCGCUGCAGUGACUGAAACGACGACAGUGGCCGUCGUUAAAACGAGAACCGGAAAUGACAUAGGGGGUAGUAUAGACCUCUUGGCAGCAUUGCAACUGCACAACACGACACGCCAGGGCGUGACACAAGUACCCGGUCUCGUUAGACUGAAACCUGCAUAUUAUCUUCAGGGUGAGGAGAGAGACCUUCAAGUAAGUCAAAUAAAUUUUGAAAGAGCGGCGUCUUUGCUCCGGCGGGUUCCGGAGUUUACUGUAGCCGCCUCUUUGAGACAAGAAGAGGCUAAUUCGGGAACAAUAAUAGCCUUUUCUCAUGGUAAUAAUAGAUACUUGGAGCUGCAAAGCAGCGGACGUAAAGACGAAUUGCGUCUUCAUUACGUAUCACGUCGUGAUGGUGCCGUUCACGUCGAGGCCUUUCCCUUCCGUCUGGCCGACGGAGUGUGGCACAGGGUCGCCCUGAGUAUUAGCGGCUCGCAGGUCGAGCUCCUAGUUGACUGUCACCCCCUUUACAGGCGUCUACUGAGGCCUGGACCACCUGACACUAAUUUUACCCUGCCUCAACUUCAACUGUGGGUUGGCCAACGAAACGCCAAACACUUUUUAUUCAAAGGCGCCCUUCAAGAUGUCAAGCUUAUUCCAGGUGCGCAUGGAUAUUUAUCACAGUGCCCUCAGCUUGAUACUUCAUGUCCUACUUGCGGUCAAUUUUCUAUUCUACAAAACACAGUCGAGCAGUUGAUGCAUAAUCUCAAUGAAUUGACACACAGGCUAGCUGCUGCAGAGGGUAGAAUAAGCAAAGUGGAGGAGUGCGAGUGCCAAAAAUCUUGCAGAUCAAACGGUACUAUACAUGAAGACGGGUCAACUUGGGAAGAAGGCUGUCAACAAUGUUUGUGUGUACACGGCGAAAUAGAAUGUCGGCCUACACCUUGUGCUCCCGUCACCUGCAAACAUCCAGUUAUACCUGCGGAGAAAUGUUGUCCUGUUUGCCUAAAGGAAUGUUUGUACCAAGACACCAUUUAUGAUCAUGGAGUUGCAAUAUUUCCAAAACCGUGCUUCGAGUGCAAGUGCUUUGACGGUAGUUUUACUUGCCUACCUAUCGACACUAAAGCUCGGUGUCCACCAUUGCCUUGUCCGCCAAGCGAACAAAUAACUGUAGCCGAAGAAUGCUGCAAGUUUUGUCCAGGAGUGGAUUACUGCGCGAAAGGUCAUGAUUGCCAUAGAAAUGCAUCCUGCCUAAAUCUUCAAACGACUUAUGACUGCCACUGCAAUCAUGGUUUUCAAGGAGACGGCCAAAAUUGUCACGAUGUCGAUGAGUGUAAACAGCAAGGCGGUCUGGAGGGUCACCAUUGCAAUAAAAAUACCCGAUGUGUCAACGUCAUCGGUUCAUACACGUGCGAGUGUCUUCCCGGGUACCGGAGGGUGGACGGAUUCAACUGUGCCGAGCUGGACGAGUGUGCGACCGGUCGUCAUUUAUGCUCCGAACACGCGACCUGUGUCAACACGCCUGGUAGUUACUAUUGUAUCUGCAAGGACGGAUACACUGGAGAUGGCUACUCUUGCAAACCGGUGUGUAACCAAACCUGCCAAAAUGGUGGUGAGUGUGUUGCUCCAAGUAAAUGUUCCUGUCGACGAGGUUACAUCGGUAACAGCUGCGAGCUAGAUCUGGACGAGUGUGCAAGUGAUCUGCACAGAUGUCAUCACUCUUCGACGUGUUUCAAUAUGCCUGGAUGGUAUUAUUGCCGCUGCAAACCUGGUUACCGUAGUGAUCUUCACGACACUACCGGAGGGACUCACUGCGUGGACAUUGACGAGUGCAAUGAUCAGACACUCGAAAAGAGACACACCUGUCAUCCGACUGCCAGAUGUGUUAACACUGAUGGUGGAUAUGAGUGCGCUUGUCCUCAUCAAGACACGUCACUCAAUGAAUGCAGUCUAAACUGCUGGUACGAAGAUCGUGAAAUUGAGAAUGGUGAAGUUUUUGCCCCAGCUGGUAACCCCUGCAGACAAUGCACCUGCAAGGAUGGUGUAGUAACAUGUAGAGAUCCGAUUUGCGACUGUAGCUCGCCAAGAAGUAGAAGAGACAAAUGUUGUCCCCAGUGUGAUCCAGCUGCGUCUUGCCGGCAUCAAGAGCUGCAUCAUCUUGUCUUCAGAAGCGGGGAACGGUGGAUUUAUCAAUGUCAGACUUGCGAGUGCCUGUACGGGGAAAUAGACUGCUGGCAAAUGGAAUGCCCACCGGUGACUUGCAGCAACCCAGUAACUGAAGACGGGGACUGUUGUCCGCGUUGCGAGGACGAUCCAUGUGCUCGAGAGAACCAUGUUAAUGGCACAUCCUUUUCAUCAUCCUCGGGUCAUCCGCAGCCGUGCAGCUAUGCCGGCAUUGUUCACGAAAGUGGGAGCGCCUGGCAGGACCCGCACGACAAAUGCACCACGUGCGAGUGCAAGGUGCCGUACUGCGCCCAAUUGGAGUCAGCGGGACUGGAAUCAUCAAGUCACUGGAAUUUUUUGAAGGACGGGCAGUUAUGCUGUAGCUACGAUUACGGCUGCGCUGGCGAUAUUGGGCUCAAGCAGCACCCAGUCACUGUUGGCGAGCCUGAUCCUGUCUCUGUUCCGAGCGAUCCGAGCAGUUCGGGCAAAAAUUUCACUCCACCGGAAGCAGCAGUAUCAACGAUUGGAUCAGCAGAAUCUGACCCAGACUCAGCAUCGUCCUCCAGCAGCUUCACUGUCAGCAACCUCGAGUAUUAUUCCACGUCGGAUCCUCGAGCUGAUAAGCUCGUGUAUUCCGAAGCUCCGAACCCAUCAUCAUCUCUACCAUCAUUGUCAUUGCCAUCAUCAGAAACAGCAUCACCAUCACCACCAUCAUCAUCAUCAGCUUCCACUAGCUCAGUGGUACCUUCAAUCAAAGCGGCAGUACCGCCAAGAAAACGCGGAGACCCCGCGACUGAAAUCAGUAUCGAGCAGUCACGUAGUAUCGCUAAAAAUCUCAUCUCUUUCCCAAAGACACCGUCAGUUCGUCGCAAUCAGAUUGACGGCAGUCGCACCUUGGUGGCGGUAUCCGCGAAUAACAAUUAUAAUAAUAACAAUAACAAUAACAAUAAUGAUAAUAACAAUAAUAAUAAAGAGCCACGAAAAAAUACUGUUGUUAAACGUGGUAGUUUUAGUAGAUCAUCAUAUCUAUCAGCUUCUUCACGUCUCGUCGGUAGCAAUGACGCCACUUGAGCAGUUUAAUAAUUAUCUGGUCAAUGUGCCGACGAGUUAGAGGUUUUAUUAAAGGACGCGGUUUAAGAAGGCAUUUAUUAACAUUAAAUGAUGAGUUAAGGACCAAUCAAGUGCCGUCAUUUUACCGUCAAGCGGCCUUGCGAGCAUUGAGAAGAAAGCUUAUUUAAAAAAAAAAAUAUUUAAAAUUUUUAAAAAUACAAACUGUUGUUAAAAAUUAACAAUGAUUAAUCAAAGCCAUUAAUUAAAGUAUGUACUUUUUUAAUUAAUUCAAUAUCCUCAAUGGUGAUGUUAAUGAUUUAUCAAUCUUUGUUUUACCAUUUUACUUGCGAAAUAAUUAGUGAUGGAUCACUAUUAACUGCACGAAUUAAUGGACGAUUAAUAAAGAAAUAUAUAUCUAUGUCUUUGUAUAAUAAAUAUAUAAAUUAUAUUAAUUAAGUACUUGAGUAAUUUGUUUUUAAGAGAUAAAAGUUGAUGAAAGUUAUGUUAAUUAUUUGAGCGACAUCACCAAGAGUUUGGUUUUAAUAACAAUAACGAUUACUUAUGACUUAUGAUAUUUAUAUUGUUAUUAAUAAUUUGAAUAUAUAGUUACUGAGAAGAAUAAAAAGCUCAUCAAUAUUGCUUUGUAUGUAAAAAAAAAAUAAAGAUAAUAGUAAUAAUAAGAAAAUGAAUAUUUGUGUCGGACGAUGAACGUGCCGAGCUUGUUCGAUUGGUUCCUUGAUUACAUUAUAAAUAUAUAUAUAAAUAUAUAUAUAUAUAUAUAUAUAUAUAUAUAUAUAGUCCCGCUCAACCCCAUCGCGACUACUUACGACUACAUUCCUCUUUGAUUAACAAUUAAGUAGGCACUAAUAAAAAAUACAUAUGAAGUAUAGAAAACGUUAAGACACAGAGAUUAAAUACGUCCGUUUUACGAACAAUGAAGGAUGUUAAUAAUUAUGUAGCGAAAUAAUAAUAUUAAUAUUAAUGAUAAUGAUAAUGAUAAUUAUAAUUGUAAUUUUAAUAGCGACUAUUAAUGGCAAUGCGACUCGGAAUUAAUAGAGGAGUUAAGAGAUUUGAAAAAGAAGAAACAUAAUUUAUAAUAAAUAAUAUUAAUGAUUGUAAUAAUUAAUAAUUAUUAAAUCUUGCAAUAUUCAGUAAAUAAUUACCAGUAAUUGUUUGUUAAAUGUGCAAUAAUUUAAAAUACACAGCUUGAUUUAUUAUUAAUUUGGUAAUUGAAUAUUUGAAACUUCAAGAGCAUCGAGUUUUCAUCAUUAAUAUUGAUAUUGAAAUUAAUACUAAUAUUAAUAAUAAUUAUAAUAUUAAUAAUAACAAUAAUAUUAAUUAUUGAUGCAAACAAUAAAACAGCAGCAUUUGUAGUUAAUGUUUUUAAUGUCAGUUAAUUAAUGGGUCUCAGGGUCGAUCUUUAAUGAUUUUAAUCUAUUACAUCGAUUCAAAUAUAUUAACUAAUAAUAUAGAGAUUAAAGUCUUCUUAUGUAUGUUUCUAGUCAGUUUUAAAAAUUAAUAUUAAUAAUAAUAAUAAUUAUUAUUAUUAAUGAAUAUUAAUUGAGAGAUAGAUGUCACGACUGACAAAAAAAUAUAAAAUUUCAUGUUAUGGGUGGUAAUUAAUCAUUACUGAGUAAUUUUUUAAAAAAAUAUUAUUUUUUUGUUUUUAUUAAAUUUUCAUUUUUAUUUUAUUGCAAUUAAACUGCG